AUUGCACAGCGCAUGCAUAUUCUAUAGCGCAGCGCGCUCACACAGUACACAAAAUAUAAUAAGCGAGGACGGCCAUCGAGCAAAGAAGAGAUUUACAACGGGUGUUAGGUUUUCGACUUUUCCAGGGUUUUCUUUCCUUCCAUCCAACAGUUUGAAGUUGAGAAACAAUCUAUGAAAUCAUGCGAACAGGAACAGCUGAGCGAACCUGACGCCCCUUGAGUACCGAGUAUGCGGAUAGCAUCAUUAGGGAGCUCUGAGUCCAAAGCAGAUCAGUCCGAUCAGGUCCCCCGCAAGCGCACCAGGAAGCGACGCCACCUUAGGUCUAGCCCACCCUACAGGUCCAGCGCCAGUACUAGCAGCAGCAGUAGCAGCAGCAGCAGCAACGGCAGUCGUCAAACAGUCCAGGAUGACGUCUUGGUCCCGCUGUUAGACUGCACUGAACUCCAUCGGGUGGCGUCCAGUUGUCCCAUGCGGGGGGCUGGAUGCGAUACUGAGACUGCAUUCACUUUUUCCUCAUUGUCAUCGUCAUCAUCGUCGACCACCACAAGGUCGUCAGCGUCUUCGGCCGUGACUGGUCUGAACUAUUGCGGGUCGCCGACUGGUGUGCUGUCCCAGCAGAACUCGCCCGUGGACCGGACUCAUUCCCCAGGCUACGAUUUCAGGGAAACCACUGCAAGGCGGAGGAGCUAUCUUGAAUCUACCGAGAGUAGUGUCCAGCCAAUGCAGUACCACCCCCUUGCCUGCAACCAGGAGAAUCAGCCCCACGAGCGAAGCGGAAGAAAGGUAGGACUAAGGGAAUUUUUUUUUUUUUUUUACCCUGCUCUCUGUGGCCGAGGGCAGAAUUUCCACCACAUGGUAAAAGGAAACCUGGUCGGCGGACCACGUCGUACUUGA